AUUUGAUCCUGGUAGGGCCGCACGGGGCCGCAGGGUACUGGCACUGUCAGCCUUUUAGCGGAAUGACACUUUUAGUGUCUGAAUCAUUUUAUGUCCGUAGUAUAUUUGGAUGACAGUUGUAUUCAGUCAUUUUAUUAAUAUGGAUCGGUGCUGUAGACUGGCUCGAAGAGGCCACAUUGCCUGGGUAGUUCUUUUAAUGCUGGAUAUAUUAUGCGAUGUUUCAGACUGUGCUACACAGGCCGAAAUCAAUAAACAUCUUGAAAUGGGAAGAGAAUUUUUGUCAAGAGGACAAUACCAGGACGCUUUAUCCCAUUACCAUGCUGCUAUAGAGGGGGAUAAUACAAAUGCUGUAACAUACUUUUCAAGAGGAACAGUUUACCUUGCACUUGGCAAGGCUAAUUUAGCUCUUACUGAUUUUGACAAGGUCUUGGAGCUUAAACCGGACUUUGUUGCUGCAAGGGUUCAACGAGGUCACAUUUUAUUAAAACAAGCCAGGCUAGAAGAAGCAGGCCAAGAGUUAGAGAGAGUUUGGCAAUGGGAUCCUCAUAAUCAAGACGCUGCUCACUACCGGAACAUGAUUGAUCCAGCCAGAGAUGAUAUUGCUCUGGCUCAAGCAUACAUGAGAGGCCAUGAUUAUCAAGCUGCAGUGGACCUCAUAUCUAAAAUACUGGAGGUCUGUCCAUGGUCCUCAAUGCUUAGAGAAUUGCGAGCAGAGGCGCACUCUGCUCUUGGUGAUAAUAUGGCAGCAAUAUCAGAUAUUCGCUCCACUACACGUUUACUGUCGGACAACACUGCUGGCUUCUAUAAGUUAUCCCUCUUGCAUUACAAACUGGGUCAAGCCCCUGAAUCAUUGAAAGAAAUCAGAGAAUGUCUCAAACUAGAUCCAGAACACAAGGAUUGUUUCCCACACUACAAAAAAGUUAAGAAAGUUGAAAAACAGUUGACUGAUGCUCAAGAAGCACUGCAAUCUCAGGAUUACAGAAGAUGUGUUGACUUGGCAAAUAAGGUAUUAAUUUCAGAGCCACAAGUUGCCAACAUUCGUUUCCAAGCUUAUGAUAAAUUAUGUCAAUGCUACCAAAAAGAUGAUAAAGUUUCUGAAAGCUUACGUAGUUGUCAAGAAGCUUUAGCCAUUCAGAUGGAUCCAAGGAUAUUGUGUGAUAGGGCUGAGGUUUAUAUUGCAAGCAGUAUGUUUGAUGAAGCUAUUCGAGAUUAUCACAAAGCACUUGAAAUUGAAGAAGAUUAUCAACGAGCAAAGGAAGGUAUUCAAAGAGCUCAAAAGCUGCAAAAGCAGGCAGAACGUAGGGACUACUAUAAAAUCUUAGGAGUUUCUCGAAAUGCUGGCAAACAGGAAAUUGUUAAAGCUUACAGGAAAAUGGCUCAAAAAUGGCAUCCUGACAACUUCCAAAGUAAUGAGAGUGAAAAAAAGAUAGCUGAAAAGAAAUUUAUUGAUAUUGCUGCUGCCAAAGAAGUUUUAACUGAUCCAGAAAAAAGGCAAAAAUAUGAUAAUGGAGAGGAUCCACUUGAUCCUGAAUCUGGGCACCAUCAAGGAUUCAAUCCGUUCCAACAGUUUCAUCAGUUCCAUCAUGGUAGUCCUUUCCAAUUCAAGUUCCAUUUUAAUUGAGAAUGAUUUAGUCUCCAAAAAACAAAUAAUUGUGCCACGGUUUAACAAGGCAUUGAUAACUUGUACUCAUUGCCACUUCUCCUUAAAUGAUUUUGAACAUAGCCACAUUCUUCCUGACAUGACACUUUUUUGUGGCUUAGAGUAAGUAUUUAUUGGUUUUCUUCCCUUUUUCUAUAUUUGGUGUUAACAUUUGAGAAGGAUUAUGUUAUACACAAUCUAUUUGUUUUGAGUACCUGGUCAAGGAAAAAAAUGUUCUGAAGCACUAAAAAUCAAACUUUAGUAGUUGGCUAGUAUUGUGAGUUCACAGCAGUGCCUCCCAAAAGGCGGACUGCUACGGACCACUCCCUCCCCCUCCCAUGUAAAAGUAGGCGCAAAAGCGAGUAUCCUGCAACAGCCUGCCCUUUUGGAAGCACUGGCUCACAGGCACAUUUAACUUGUCUGUUUGCAACAAAUUUUCCUUGAAAAAAGUAAUUUUGUCCUCUUCUUGUUUUAAAGAAUAAGAAACAACCUUUUUGUGGAAAUUUGCACCUGUACUCUAUACUUGUAGCUUUUAUACAUUUAAUUAAUAAAACUGUGAUUUACCUUAGUAUUGUUUAAAGUGAAGAAGCUUGAGGUCCAAGACAAUACUGGUAUCUGAAGAUUUUGUAAAAUUAAUUAUUAAUGGGUCUAUUGUUGUGAAUGGCUCAAGAUACAGUUUUCGUGUACUUAUCUUAUUGUUCAAAGACACCUACACAGAAAAGCAUUCAAAAUUGUUAACUAUGUUUUCAAGAAUUUGUUAUAAUUUAAGUCAUCAGUCUGAGGGUGUGAUGGUCCGAAGACCAAUGCGACACAAAUUGAAAUGACAUAGUGUUCUUUGAUGAAUUUUAUAUUUUUGUGCAUCACUGAUUUUUGUCCUAGAAGAAAUCAUGCUUGACAGUUUUUCUGAGCUUACAAUAAGAUUUGUCUUGGCACAAUAGUUUAUUCGAGCUUAGUGGGUAGAGAAGACCAGAAAGCAGUUCAGAUUGCUGUAUUUCUGUGCUUUGUGUUGUACCAAAAGACCCUGAUUUGUCCAGCGUUUUCUGCCGCUUGUUUGCACAACAACCUAUAUGUUCUAUUUGCUAAACCACCUACUAAGCUGGAAUGCCAAGAAUUCAUUUUAAAGUAGAUGAAGAUUCCAACUUUGUUUCUAUAUCAGCCAUUUUAUUUUAUUUUUUAAACCUCUAUCCCACAUUUCAAAUAUUAAUGCUGACUUAGCUGACUACUGUUUGUGGUGUGUUCCUAUGGAGUUUUCUUUUACUUGCAUCACUUCCCUUCCUUCAUUUAAUAACUUAGCCUGGCAUGUGUCAUGAAAAAAUGUUUUCUCAGAUAUAAAGUUAAAUCUAUACUGAUUUGGGUAACAUCAGUGUGCAUAUCACUUAAUGUGUUAACGCAUACAGUUUUCAGUUUUCCUUUUGUGUGCUAAACUUUCUAUCAAUCUAAAAUAACUAUGCCACAAAUCUUCCUUUCCCAACAUUGUUUCUUUUUUCUUUUUGAUUUUGUUGAAGACUGUUAAUAUUUAUGUUGUGGUAUUUAAAUGACCUACUUGAAACUCACUUGAAAGUCCUCUGUAUAUUUGACCAUUGAAGAAUUUACACAUACUAGGCCUGUAUUUAUGUAGAAAUGAUCUCCAUGCAAUUUCAUGUGUUCCUUAUCUUUUCAUCAUAAAAUUUCAGUCCUCAAACAUUUUUUUUUUUUUGGGUUAAAGUCACGGAUUUUCAAUAUUCAUGUCUUGGUUAAUCUCCAAGUUGUUGAUGAAAAGUUUUGUAUGUGAUUUGUAAAUUAUAAUCAUGAAAUUAAUUGUGAUUUGUUCAGUUUUUUGUUCUUUUAAUUUAGCUUUCUGCUUUAAUAAUUAAAGACUGACCGUUAAAAGAAA